UGCAUCACGCCUAGGAGACCAAAGAAUGUAACUUGGGCAACGACAACCAUAUAUAAUGAACCUUUAAUAGGGUGGAAAUUAACUUUAUCUUAAUUCAAAUGGAUGAAAGGAACACGCCUUCAUAGCAGACGUCAAACGGUAACGUAAGGUGUAUGGAUGCUUUAAGAGAGUGAAUAAUAAUAAAGAAGAAUGGAGAAGGAACAGCACAACACUGUGGUCUUCAAUGUCUCGAAGAGAGAGCUGUUUACUACGAAUAAUGGAUACAAAACCAUGCAGAAAAGACUAAGAGCUCAAUGGAAAAUCCAAAGUUUGAAGGAUGAACUUUCUCUGGAGAAGCUGAAGGGCGUCAAACUGUGGAUAACUGCAGGACCCAGGGAGAAGUUCACAGCUUCAGAGCUGGAGGUGCUGAAGCACUACCUGGACGCAGGAGGAAAUGUCCUGGUCAUGCUCGGUGAAGGAGGAGAAACGAAAUAUGACACCAACAUCAACUUUCUUCUGGAGGAGUUUGGAAUAAUGGUCAACAAUGAUGCUGUUGUGAGGAAUGUGUACUUCAAAUACUUCCACCCUAAGGAGGCGCUUGUGUCCAAUGGUGUAUUGAACAGAGAGAUUAGCCGGGCUGCUGGGAAGGUGGUCACAGGCAGCAUCGAGGAUGAAAACGUUGGAAACAAUGCUCAGGCUCUCACAUUUGUGUAUCCGUACGGUGCCACACUGAGCGUGAUAAAGCCUGCUGUGGCUCUGCUUUCAACGGGUUCUGUCUGCUUCCCCCUCAACAGACCCGUCCUGGCCUUCCAUCAAGGAAAGGAGGCUGGCAAACUGGUAGUGCUGGGUUCCUGCCACAUGUUCAGUGACCAGUACAUAGACAAAGAGGAGAACAGCAAAAUCAUGGAUGUCUUGCUCCAGUUGCUCAUGGCUGAUAAUAUUCAGCUGAAUCAGAUCGAUGCGGAAGACCCAGAGAUCACAGAUUACACCAUGUUGCCGGACACAGGGUGUUUGUCGGAUCAGCUCAGAGUGUGCUUGCAGGAGGGCGAUGAAAACCCCCGGGACUUCACCUCGCUCUUUGAUAUGUCUUUGUUCAAUUUGUCAACUGACACCUUACCCCAAGUCAUCAGCGCUUACAAGCAGCUGAAUGUCAAAGACGAGCCGCUUCAGCUGAUCACCCCGCAGUUUGAGACGCCGCUGCCUCAACUCCAACCCGCUGUCUUUCCACCUGCCUUAAGCGACUUGCCUCCCCCCAUGCUUGACCUGUUCGACUUGGAUGAAACCUUCUCGUCGGAGAAAGUGCGCCUGGCACAGCUCACCAAUAAAUGUUCGGACGAUGACCUGGAAUUCUACGUGCGGAAAUGUGGGGAAAUCCUGGGGGUGACGCCCAAGUUGGAUAAAGAGCAGAGGGAUGCCAAGCACAUCUUAGAACACAUUUUCUUCCAGGUGGUGGAGUUCAAGAAACUCAACCAGGAGCAUGAUGCCGACACAGACGCACCGUUCACUCCGUUGUGAUUGGAGUCAAGACAGUCCAUCUCUGCCUUUUAACACACUGCAAUAUGACCAGAGGACUUCAUAGUUCAGGAAAAAAGGGGGACCAUAACAGUAGUAGUGGACUACCACCAUAAUUGUAUAAAGAUUGUUUAUUACCUUCUAUACCUUUUCAUUUUGGCGGGAAAACAAAGACACUGCAAGCAGGUGAAGUCAUGGCUACAUUUAUUUAAUUAUACUCUUUAAAAAAACAUUGUAAACAAGACACAGGGCUCUGCAUAAAUCCCCACACAUGGAUCCUGGAAAACAAAGAAUUUCAGAAGUUGGAACAUGGAUUUGCAGAUUUUGCUGAUGAAUAAAAAAUGUGUAUCUGAACUGAGCAUCUUACCUUAACAUGACUUCCAGUUUUUGAAUCCACUUUGAUUAAUCUUCAAUGGAGACAAUCAAAAACCAUGUUCUCGGCCACAUCAGGGGGAAACUUCAGCUCCUGAAUGUUGCGUUUGGAUUUUUGGACUCCAUGUUGCCUCCAGAGCACUGGACUCCAUGCCGGGUCUUGGACUAUUGUUUUCAGAUUUAAUCCCGGACACAUCCCAUGACAUUCGAGAGGCAGUGAGGUCACUGUAAGACUGGUCAAACACAGCAGCCUGUUUCAAGUGGGGAGUGGAGGACUUUCCCUGUAGAGGCACAGCCAGGUAACAGUUGUCGGUCUCUUGAGCAUGGUUCAAAGCCUGACAGGGAGAAAUGGAGCCCGAAGACAUGCAGAGAGAAGCCAGGAUGGACAGCCUGGGGUCAGAUCCGUCAGCCAUGGUGUCGUUUGACACUCUCGACGUGGACAGUUCCAGCGACGAAGCGGACAGCAAACUCUGUUCCCCAAAAAACUUCCUGUCAAGCUCCAUUGGAGACGGACACUCGAAGCUUUUCAUGUCUUGUAGAAAAUUGUUAGAUUUUAUUUAGAAUCUCAUCGUGUGAUCAGAAUGUAUCUUGAGAAUAAAACCAGUUUUCUUACCUUUAA